AUGACUCCUUCCAUUGUUUCCAAGACGGCUGCUUCCAACGGAACCACUGAUUCCAGCGUCGAUGCGUAUGACGAGACCACUGCUUCCACAGCUACGGAAAGCACAUCUACGAUUUGGAGAAAUCUCCUCCCCCUCCCUCCUCAGCCUUUCAAGAAGUCGAACGAAGAACAGUGCUCUGAGAAGGCCCUCGAUGGCACGGAGAACAGAGAUGAUGGCAAGACCAGAGACCAGAGCGAUCAAGUCAAAAAGACCGCCGUAGCAAGCGCUACCGCAAAGUCCGAAUCACCCAGAAAGGUACCACAGCCAUCACCUGUACUAGAGCAUGAGAUCAAGGAAGAGGUUCCAAUCACCAACGAUGAAGAUAUCGAUCAUCAAAUGCAACCAAGGGCCACUCAUGAGACGAUAGGGACGUUCAAGUCAGGCUACAGCGUACCACCGCAUAUGCGUCCUGACUUUCCGUCCUCAUUUGCUCGGCGUGCUGAGACCAUGAGUUCCAGAAUAAUACCGUCAAACAAUGUCCCUCGCUUCCACAACAACCUACGCUACAACAACACCCACCACGGCUCUCGCGGCGACAACAUCCCAUCCGAGCAAAUGGUCCGACUCAACGCGCAGAUCCUCAAAACGAGACAAGAGCUCGAUCAAGAGCGCACCAAGAAUGCCAACCUCCGCAAGACCAUCCAAGACGCCCAGCACGAGCAUCUCGAAGCUGCCUUCUCAAGCAUGCUCGCCACGCUCCUCCGCGAGCAAACCGAAGCCCUUGCCCUCCAAUCCCGUGCAGCCACCCACCAACGCUCCCUCGACAUGCGAGAGAAGAAAAUAUCCCAGCAAGAAGCCUUCCUCGCCGCCGGUCAAAAGCACCUCAUGACCAAGCUCGACCAGGACACUUCCACUUCCAUGUCCGCCGCCCACUACGCCCACCUCCACCAGCAAAUGGAACUCGACAAGCAAGCCCACAUCGCAGCCCUCGAGUCCCGCAUGGCUAUGGAGCGCCAAACCCUCACCCUCCACGCCGCCGCCCAGCACAAACGCGAGCAACAGUACAAGACCCUCGUCCGCCAGUCCAUCGAAGCCGAAAUCGCCGCAAACUACAUGUCCAACGCCGAAGCAGAGUCCCUAGCCGAGGUCCGUUUUCAGCGCGGUUUCGAUGCCGGCAAGGACGAGGGACGCAAAGAGCGGGCUAGGGAAGAGAAGGAAAGGGCGUAUCUCGAGGGCUACCGAGCUUGUUUCCAGGCACAGGCUGCACUGAGUUCUCUACGCAAGGGGGCUAGUGCUGAGGUACAGGGUCUUCUGGAUCUGAUGGGCGAGGAGAAUUUGUUUAGUGUGGGUCUUAGGGUUGGGAGGAUGGAAGCUGCUUCCAAGGUUGAGGUGAGCAGGGUGGCAAGCAAGGAAGAGGAGGAGAGCAGUGGAUACGGUACAAUGAUUUCAACGACUCUUUCGCCGCCGCCUUCGCCGGUACCGGUGCAAAGGAUGACUCUUGCAGCUGAGCUGAGAGGGUAUACGCCGUUGAUGCAUAACGGGGAGGUUGUGCUUGCCAACUAUGAUCCUGCUGGCGUUGGUGUUGCUUCGCCUGAGAAACAUGCAAAGAACGGUGCGAAGGAGCAUCAAGGAGCCGAUCUGAUCGAUCUCUUGUAG